CUGUCUUCUCGGAGCCAUCGAAUUAGACUCGAAACGAUGGCCGCCACCGUCGCCGACGCCAACGAAUCGAAGCCGAGCGCCCCGCCGGGGGAUGCCGUGGCACCGGACAUCGAGAACGGCGCGGCAGCGAGCGUCCACUCGAACGGCGGUGGCACCAGAGGCGACGACGGGGGCGCGGUGGUGACGUCGGUGGUGCAGCGGUGGAAGCGGGAGGACCUCCUGGAGAAGAGCACGCUGCUGCUCCGCGCGCUGGGCUGCCUCUUCUCCCUCGUCUCCUUCCUUGUCAUGGCCUCCAACAAGCACGGCGAUUGGAAGGACUUCGAUCGCUACGAGGAAUACAGGUAUCUGCUGGCGAUCGCCAUCCUGGCGUUUCUAUACUCGACGGCCCAGGUGGUGAGGCAGGUGCAGCGGUUCAGGACGAGGAGAGAUCCGGUGCCGGGGCGGUUUUCGGGGAUUCUGGACUUCGCCGGAGAUCAGGUCAUUGCAUAUCUGUUGAUCUCAUCACUAUCUGCAGCCAUCCCACUUACUAAUCGUAUGCGAGAAGGAGCAGAUAAUAUGUUCACCGAUGCAUCUUCAGCUUCCAUCAGCAUGUCCUUCUUUGCAUUUAUAGCGCUUGCUUUAUCUGCUCUUAUAUCAGGUUACAAACUUUCUAAACAAACAUAUAUAUAGAUGCACCCUCUUGUUUGUUAUUUAUUUAUUUAUUUUUUCCGAUGCCUUGUGUCUGUACAUCCAGUCUCUCAUAGCACGGUGCAUAUUGUUCCAUUCCUUGUACCAUUCAGAGUUUGUACUUAAAAUGUGUUUGUAUGAUAAUAAGAUCUUUCAGAAAUAAUAAUAAUACUUCUAUUUGUUUCUUUUAA